AUGGCUUCUAACCCUCCCGGAGCCUGCUGCACCGUCGGCGUCAAGCACGAAGUCGAGUCUUACAUUGCCCGCCCGGCGGAUGGCUCAACCAAGCGCGCCAUCCUGCUGCUCACCGACGUGAUCGGCCACCGCUUCAUCAACGCCCAGCUGAUCGCCGACCAGCUGGCCGCGAAUGGCUUGUUUGUCGUCAUGCCCGAUCUAUUCCACGGUGACCCAGUCCCGCUAAACCGCCCGGCCGGUUUCGAUAUUAUGGCCUGGCUCAAUGGCCCCCCGGCCACCUGCCGGACCGCGUCGAGCCCGUGA